ACCAUGUAAUAUCCCCACCUCUUCUUCCUAUCUUAAAAACAUUGUAAAGACCCACCUGAUAAAAUCUUUAAUAAAAUCAUAAUCCACCAUGGGAGAGGUUGAUCCAGCCUUCAUUCAAGCCCUAGAACACAGGCCAAAUGUAGAAAAUAUAAAAGCAGAAGGGAUACCCACAUUUGAUCUUGCCCUACUAAACUCAUCUGAUGCAACUCUAGAUAACCCUAAAUUACUCGAUGAUCUUGUUAGGAAUUUAGGCAGUGCAUGCAAAAACUGGGGCUUUUUUCAAGUGAUCAACCAUGGUGUGCCACUAGAGAAGAGAGAGAGGAUUUUUGCUGCGUCGAGAGAAUUUUUUGGUCAGAGUCUAGAGGAGAAAAAUAAGGUUAGGAGGGGUGAAAAGAAAGUGCUGGGUUAUUAUGAUACUGAGCAUACGAAGAAUGUUAGAGACUGGAAAGAAGUGUUUGAUUUUACGUUGGAGAAUCCAACUCUUGUUCCUGCUUCUUCUAAACUUGAUGAUGAUGAAGUGACUAAGUGGAACAAUCAGUGGCCUGAAUAUCCCCCUGAACUAAGGGAAAUCUGUGAAGAAUAUGCUAAAGAAAUGGAAAAACUAGCUUACAAGUUGACGGAGCUUAUUGCUCUGAGCCUAGGCUUGGAGCCAGAUAGGUUUCAUGGAUUCUUCAAAGGUCAAACCACUUUCAUUAGGCUCAAUCACUAUCCACCUUGCCCUAUUCCUGACUUGGCUCUUGGCGUUGGUCGACAUAAGGAUGCUGGUGCCUUGACCAUUCUUGCUCAAGAUGAUGUCGGAGGGCUAGAAGUGAAAACAAAAUCGGGAGAAUGGACCUGGAUCAAGCCAACCUCAAAUUCUUAUAUUAUCAAUGUUGGUGACAUUAUUCAGGUAUGGAGCAAUGAUGCUUAUGAGAGUGUGGAGCACAGAGUGAAGGUGAACUCUGAAAGGGAAAGAUUUUCAAUUCCAUUCUUCUUCAAUCCAGCACACUACACCAUGGUGAAGCCCUUGGAGGAGAUUUUAGAUGAGCAAAACCCUGCCAAAUAUAAGCCUUAUAGUUGGGGAAAAUUUCUUGUGACCAGAAAGCGCAGUAAUUUCAAGAAGCUUGAUGCUGAGAACGUCCAAAUUUAUCACUUCAGGGUAUCAGAAUUUGCUGACAUCAACAGUUAAUAACAAAGUUAAUUAGCUUCCUAGUUGCUACAGAAUAAUAUUAUUCUAUAGACCUGUUCAUUGGCCCGGCACCGUCUAGGCCCGCACUCUUCGGACCGGGCUUGGACAAUGAUUUUUGUGUACAAGCCCGGUCCAGUCCGAUAUUUAGUUUAGUUAGAAAAAAAAAAUGUCACACCUAGCACUUGAACCUGUGAUCUUCAACUUAUAAUUAAAUGCUAUAUACCAUUUAGCUA